AUGAUUGACAGUGCAGCAAUGCUAUUAGAAAAGGUCGAAGUAGUUAAACCAGUCAGGCAACUAUUAUCAAAAUUAGGUGGAAAGACAACAAAUGAAUUAGAACGAAUGAAGCGAAAAGGUGAUAAUUGGUCAACCAAUGAUUUAUUCAAAUUUCAACAUGGAAAUUAUGAUCAUUAUGAUAUAGAUGAGAAGCGAGCAAUUUGUUUGGAAUGGCUUCGACGGCUUAGCAAUAUUACCAAAAAAUAUUGUUGCCUUGUAUGGUAUGCAUCUGCAAUUUACACUUGCUAUUAUCGAUUAGCUCCAUUAAUUAUUGAUAAGGAAGAGAAGAAGCGUAUAUGGAUUGAUGUUAAGCGAGAAUAUGCUGAAAUAUUUUUGAUGGGUCGUCGUAUUUGGCGACGACCAACUCAUCCAACGAGACUUCGUAUUCUUUAUGAUUUAGCAAUGUUAUGCGUCAUUUUCAAUGAUAUACCUAAUGAUGAAACAGUAAUACUAUUCCGUGAUUUACUAGAUGAUAAUGAUAAUUUCAAUUUUGAAGUAUUAGAUGAUAUUGAAUAUGCGCAAUCUAUUGAUAAGGCAGUACGAUUGGAAAAUCAUGUAAUCGAUUUAUUUUAUCAGAGACGUAAAUCUACCUGUUCCACUCGUUCCAGUUUUCUCUCAAAAAGCAGUAUUGAUACACCACGAAGCAGUUUUAGACGUGCAAAAUUGAGCGAUAACUCAGUAUCAGAUUCAUGCAUGACUACAGGAAUAUUACCUUCAAGAAAUCUAUUACAAAUUACCGAUAAGCAAAGUGUUCGUUUUGCUAAAAAUUUCGAUGUAAAUUCGAAAGUGGAAAUUAAGACAGACAAAUAUUUAAAUUCAACAAAUAUGACGAAAAUAAACGAUGGAAAUGCUAAUAGUAUGGAAAAUAAUGCAACGAAAAACAAUGUGACAAAUGCGCACAAUCAAAUGAACAUCGAACAGACAACCAAUGCAAAUGCAAUGCUCAAUGAAGUUGACAUGGAAAUUGCCGUGAAGAAGAAAUCAAAUCAUGCAGGAACAAGCCGAAAAUUUCCAAUGAUGUUAUCAGAUGAAAUUAUAUCAUUCAUUGCUGUUUGCUAA